AUGAGCACCAAGGUGGUCGACGACUUCUUGGCGUACCUCCAGGACCCCGACUCGGCGAUCGCGGUGGCCGUCAUCAAGGCGCUCACGGGCGUCGUCCAGCGCUCGAGCGCGAGCACGAUGAUGGAGAUCGAGAGCGCGCUCACGGAAGCGGCGGCGCAGCUCAAGGCGGCCGCCGACGGGCCGGCGCCGACGCAGGCGCUCUCGUCCAUCUCUGUCACGGCCGUGUGCCAGCUCUUCCUGCGCUACGUCACGCGCUGCUUCCUCGAGUUUGACGACUUUGACCAGUGCAAGAGCCAGCUCAUCGACCGCGGCAAGCUCUUUGCCGAGACGUCGCUUUUGAGCCGGAAGCGCAUCGCCGACCUUGGCCACAACUUUGUGCGCGACGGCAUGCAGGUGCUGACGCACGGCGCGUCGCGCGUCGUGACCGGUCUCCUCCUCCAGGCCGCCAAGACCAAGCACUUUUCGGUGCUCGUGACCGAAGGCCGCCCGAACGGCGCCGGCUACAAGACGGCCGAGGUGCUCUCCAAGGCGGGCAUCCCCACGACCGUCAUCGUCGACGCCGCCAUGGGCUACUACAUGGAGAAGGUCGACAUGGUGAUUGUCGGCGCCGAAGGCGUCGUCGAGAACGGCGGCAUUGUCAACAAGAUCGGGACCUUCUCGGCCGCCAUGAUCGCGCAUGCGAUGAAGAAGCCGUUUUACGUGGCGGCCGAGAGCUACAAGUUUGCGCGUCUCUACCCGCUCAACCAGAGCGACUUUCCCCACAGCCGCAAGGACGACAUGAGCAACCUCCCGGCGUGCGCGUGCCGGCCCAAGACGACGGCGCAGGCCAACCUCACGGUCGGUAGCCCGUCCUGCGACUACACGCCGCCCCACUACAUCUCGCUCCUCUUUACGGACCUCGGUGUCCUCACGCCGUCGGCCGUCUCGGACGAACUCAUCAAGCUCUAUCAAUAA